ACUUCAAAAUGGCUGCCAGUUACUUAGUAAUUUACGGCUGUAUGUUUCUUUGUUGUCGCUCGUGCAAUCGUGACCGGGAAUCUGCAAUUGGAUUAUUUGAAAUAAUCAGAAAAUAGUGAUUUUAUCAUUUAGUGAAGAUUUCUUUGGUGAAAGUGGGAACUUGAUAAAAAAGUGAGAAGGGAAUAUGCUCGCUGUCCAUACACUGGGCAUCACCGUUGCUUUCUUGGAUCAAGAAAUUCCUGGACGGAAAAUCCAGCUGCACCCCCAAGAAUUUAUUGGAUUAUCCUAGUUUAUAAUUGUUAAUGGGCGAAAAGUCAUUUUAUACAUCUGUCUAGUAACAAGUUUCUUCGAUCCAGAAUGUCAUCACCACUUUCGUGUCGUGUCAGUGACUUUUAAAUUAUUUUCCACUGAUUGUGCCUUGAAAUAUUUUAUCAACCUUGUGGGAUAUUUGUUUUGAAAAGAAUCCUUUCAAAUACUUGGAGAAUAAAACGAAAAUUGUUGCAAGAAUGCACUGAUACUGGAAACAUUAGUCGUCCUAAAAUUCCAAAGAUUGAUUUAUGUCGCAGGUGGAUUGGAGCUAGGUCCCAGUGGGCCUAGCAUGGGCCACUAUGAAUCCACCUGUGGUCAGCAAGUCGAGCACUCGUGGCUCAGGAUACCAUCAAAAGGCGUUAGCUGAAAUUCGUAAUUCCCUGCUGCCGUUUGCAAAUAUUGGUGGAACUGGAGAAGUUGGAUCGAGUGCUGCAAGUACCAUUUCCACGCUUUCGACAACUAGCGGAGUGAGUUCUGCUUCAGGUCUCAGUGGAAUUUCCGGUGCAUCUGGUUCGGCGGUUGAUAAAUCCGAUCAACGUCAAGCCUUAGCUCAACUUUUAGCCAUGGGCUACUCUGAGGAUAUUGGCAUGCGCGCGCUAAAAAUAGCUGGUUGGCGUCUCGACUCCGCCAUUGAGUUGCUGAAACAAACUCAGGGCGAAUCGAUGAACGGCCUCGGCAAGCUGAACACGAAACUAAUCAGAAAGCCGAGUCUCGAGCGCGAACUGAGCCUACAACGUGGAAGUCCUGCUCUCGACAGCGGAGCCGGAAGCUCAAGGUCCGAUAGUCCUCGUCUAGCCGAACUGAGUCCACAUCCGCAACUCAGUCGUCAAUACUCGCCGAGCAGUUUCGUCGAGAGGGAACCACCGCCUCCGCCUCCACCGAGAUGCAGCUCCACACCACCGCCGCCGCCACCACCUCACGCUCCCUACAGCCAGCCGAACGUUCCCACCAACAUGCAACAAAUGCUCAAGCGGAUGUCUCCCGCACCCGUCGUUCCAACUCGACCGCCACCCGCGACGCCCGGCAGCUCCGGCUCAAACUCCAGCUCCAUCAAUCCUCCCCAACGGGGGACGAGUCCCGUCGCCAGCUCGAACGUCACCUCCAACGGACGACAACCAAUGAUCGUUCAGAACGGGCCUCAGGUUCAACAACAACUCACGCAACAAAUCCAAGCCCUCAGUAUUUACCAAUCAAGCAACAGCAACUCCAGCACUCAAGUCGAACUCCCUCCGCCCUAUCCGAUCGUCCCCCCGUCCUCCUCCUCCGGCUCCGUGCAACCUCCCUCCUACAGCGCCUCCAUGCAGAAUCGACAGAGUCCCACUCAAUCGCAGCAGGACUACCGGAAAAGCCCCUCGUCGGGCAUCUACUCCGGCCCCACCUCCGCCGGCUCCCCGAGUCCCAUCACCGUCUCCACAGUGUCGCCAACCACCCAGAACUCAAUGGCCCGACCGACGCCCCUCCAAGCCUGGGGCGCCCGUCAAGCAAAAACCCAACCACCAAUCAUCAUGCAGUCGGUGAAAAGCACCCAGGUGCAAAAACCCGUCCUACAAACCGCAAUUGCCCCCACAUCACCCCAACCGAUCAGCACCAGCAGCACUCCCCCGCCGCCACCCUCCUACGCCUCCUCCAUCCAACAAAAGCAACAACAACAACAACAACCCCCCGCCUAUCCUCCCAUCAUCAACGGAACCUCCUCCAGUUCAAUCUGCGUCCCAACCACCGAACCCCCCAGCUACGCCACCACAAUGCAAGCCCUCGCCGCCCAGCGCGGCAUCCACCAUCCCCUCCCACCCCCGCCCUACGGCCUUCCCACCGACGACUGCGGCAUCUCCACCGAGAGUGUCACCGCUCCCCGAACCUCCCCCGUCGCCACUCACCCACCCCUCCAACGAAAGUACUCCCCCGCCGAACACCCCGAAACACCACCUCUCCCACCCACCGCCUCCACCUCCGUCACCACUCGCAACAACAAUCACCAAGGCGCCGAACCAAAACCCAACAACUACAAAAUCAAACACCAAUCCCCAAUACCCGAACGCAAACACAUGAGCAAAGAAAAAGAAGAGGAACGCCGCGACUGCAAAGUCCGCAACUACUCACCUCAGGCCUUUAAAUUCUUCAUGGAGCAACAUGUCGAGAACGUACUCAAAUCACACAAACAACGUCUCUAUCGUCGCCUGCAACUCGAAACCGAAAUGGCAAAAAUCGGCCUCAGCGCCGAGGCGCAAUGUCAAAUGCGUAAAAUGCUCUCGCAAAAGGAAUCCAAUUACAUCCGACUGAAACGUGCGAAAAUGGAUAAAUCAAUGUUCACGAAAAUCAAACCCAUUGGCGUUGGUGCAUUCGGUGAAGUGACACUUGUCAGGAAAUUGGAUACAAAUCAAUUUUACGCGAUGAAAACAUUACGAAAGGCGGAUGUUUUGAAUCGUAAUCAAGUGGCGCAUGUUAAAGCCGAACGGGAUAUUUUAGCCGAGGCUGAUAAUGAAUGGGUGGUGAAACUUUAUUAUUCCUUUCAGGAUAAGGAUAAUCUUUAUUUUGUUAUGGACUAUAUACCGGGUGGUGAUCUCAUGUCAUUGUUGAUCAAAUUCGGGAUCUUUAAGGAAUCAUUGGCUAGGUUCUAUAUUGCGGAAUUGACGUGUGCAGUGGAGAGCGUACAUAAAAUGGGAUUCAUUCAUCGGGACAUUAAACCUGAUAAUAUACUUAUUGAUCGUGAUGGACAUAUUAAAUUGACGGAUUUUGGUCUAUGCACUGGUUUCCGUUGGACGCACAAUUCUAAAUAUUAUCAACAAAACGGACAUGGAAAGCAGGAUUCAAUGGACCCGGCCGAGGAUUGGAAUAACGAGUGUCGAUGCAUUCAAUCGAAGCCACUCGAGAGAAGAAGGCACAGGGAACAUCAACGAUGUUUGGCACAUUCUUUGGUUGGUACACCGAAUUACAUUGCGCCGGAAGUUUUACAACGAACUGGUUACACACAAUUAUGCGAUUGGUGGAGUGUUGGCGUUAUUUUGUACGAAAUGCUGGUCGGCUCUCCUCCAUUCUUGGCCAAUACACCCGCCGAAACACAGUACAAGGUGAUUAAUUGGGAGACGACGCUACAUAUUCCGAAACAAGCGAAUUUAUCGCCAGAAGGUAUGGAUUUAAUAUUAAAACUUUGCGUUGGCGCCGAUCGUCGACUUGGCAAAAAUGCCGACGAAGUGAAAAGUCAUCCAUUUUUCUCGAGUAUUGACUUUGAAAAGGGAUUGCGACGUCAAGUUGCGCCUCAUAUACCAAGAAUACAAUAUCCAACAGAUACAAGUAAUUUCGAUCCUGUUGAUCCUGAGAAAUUGCGCAAUUCCGAAUCAUCGGAAUCAAAUCAAUCCGAUGAGCAUUUGGAUAAUGGAAAACCAUUUCAUGGAUUCUUUGAAUUUACAUUUAGACGUUUUUUUGACGAUGGCGGCGGUCCAGCGUACGCUAAUCGUAUCAGUUUAGAUGACAAUGAUAAUCAGGGUCCUGUUUAUGUAUGACAUUAGGCUUUUUAAGCGAACCACGUAAAGCAUCUCGAUAAUUUUUUUUUAUUUAUUCAAUUUUUUUCUAAAACUUUUUUUUUUUUUUUUUGAAUUCCUCACUGGUUGAUUAUAUUUGUCAUCACUGUAAGUGAUAUUGCCAUAAUUGACUCAAUGUUUUUUUUUUCCUUUUUUUAAAAAAAAAUAAUUGUUGCCAUUUUUAGCAAAUUUGUCAAAUUUAUUUAGUUUAAUUUAACGUUUUGAGUGUCUUGCGUAAUGUUCGCUUAAAUAUGAGAAUAAUGUAGAAAUUAAGAAGCCUUCGACGUUUGUUAAAGGAAAAAAAUGUCGAUCAAAACAAACUAUUUUGACAAAAAGAAAAAUCGCAUAAUUCGGGAUGCAUAAAUUUUAUUACCAAACAAUUUUUUUAUCGCAGAGUUCACAGAAUUCUUUAGCUUUUAUUUCGUUCCUUUUUUUAGUAUUUAUGAACUAAAAUGAAAUUCCCAGUAUAGGCGUUUGACGCAGAAUUAUCGCUUUUAAAAAAAUUCUUUUUUUUUUGUAGAUAAUGUAUUUUGAGAAGAAUUUUAGAUGAACGGUAUUUUAAAAAUAUUGUUUAUAAAGAAAAAUUGAUAUUUUCCUAUAAAUAUUCAGGAAAUAG